AUGCUGAGGUUGCCAUUUUUCAAUGAGUCACAGAGUGGGGCAGACAUAUUGAAAGACGAUACGCAGAAAAAAUCAAUUCCACGUUCAACGAGAAAAAAAGGCAUCGACAGAACAUUUAACGACACAAUGAACCUAUUCAAAAGUAUUUCUGGUGGACGCUGCAAGCGCAAGUCAAAAUAUGCAAAGACUGAAGUUAAGCAAGAGCUUGGUAUUAAAGAAGAGGUCACCAACGACGGCGAUUAUGUCAUUGAUAUACCACGGCAGCGAGUUGAUGACACAUAUCGUGCGGAUUACGAAGGACCGGUUGAUUUUGCUGAUGACUUCGAUGAGGUUAAAGAUGAAAUCAAAUGUGAAGAAGAAGAGACGGGCAAAGAGAAGGACACGACACCAUGUGAACGAUCGAAUGAGAGUGCCGCCAACUAUGAUGACAACGAAGAGCACAUGGGUGACGCAGUCGAUAUUCAACCACCGCAACCGAACAUGAACCCAUUCAAGAGUGUUUCUCGUGGACGCUGCAAGCGCAAGUCGAAAUCCGCAAAGGUUGAAAUCAAGCAAGAGCCUGGUUUUAAGGAAGAGCCCAACGACGGUGACGCUGUCAUGAACAUACCACGGCCGAGAGUUGGUGGAAGAUAUCGUGUGAAUUAUGAUGGGCCGUUCGAUUUUGACUAUGACUUCGAUGAGGUAAAGGAUGAAAUAAAAUGUGAGGGAGAAGAGACGGGCACAGAAAAGGACUCGGCACCUCGUGAACGAUCGAAUGACAGCGCUGCCGCAAACAAUGAUGACAACGAAGAGCACAUGGAUGACGCAGUCGAUAUUCAGCCACCGCAACCAGUCAGCAGCGGGACGAAACGGAAUAGAAGCUCCAAAAGACGAAACAAACGAACGAUUCCCAGGAACCAAGCGGCCAAAAAGCAAAAGAAGCACAAAUGUCAUGUGUGCAAUUAUUUGGCAAAUAGAAAGUUUGACCUCAAAGUACACUUGCGAAUUCACACUGGAAAAAAGCCGUUUCAGUGUGAUGUUUGUUCAAAGUCCUUUGCACGAAAAGGUGAUCUGAACACUCAUAAAGAAACGCAUGGCCCGAAACCUCAGUUUCGUUGUUCGAAAUGUUAUCAACGAUUUGAGCAUGAAUCCGAUCAGAUCAAUCAUGAAAAGUUAUGCGAUCCUCUUCGAUUCGAAUGCGAUAUUUGCGGAUAUAGAACGAUCAACAAAUCACAUUUGACAGUUCAUAUGCAGACUCACAGCGGAGUAAAGCCGUUCGAGUGCUCAAUUUGUUUCAAGUCGUUUACAACCAACGCUCGUCUCCAAAGUCAUUCAAUGACCCACAUCGAUGAACUGCCGAAUGCUUGUUCCAAAUGUGGUCGACGAUUUGCCACUCCUGAACAUAAGCAAUCACACGAAACUCGCUGCCAACGAAGUGUUUUGGCAUGUAAUCAGUGUCAGUACAAAGCUGUGCGUAAGGAUUCAUUGAAGCGGCACAUGCAAUCAAAACACGGAGCCAAAAGAUCGAUCGAAUGUGAAAUUUGUGGAAAACCAUUCGUUGAACAGAUUAAAUUAAAUCAACAUUUGUCAUCAACACAUCGCGAUCAAUUCCCAUUCCAAUGCUCCAAAUGCUUCGGAGGAUACGCAAGCGAAGACGGAAAAAUUGCCCAUGAAGAUAGCUGUGGCUACCGUCAGUAUCAAUGCCAUUUGUGCAAAGAUCAUCGUCGAGACAAAGCAUCUUUGAUGUAUCACAUGCGAAAAGAUCACACCGGAGAGCGGAUUCAAUGCAAGGUGUGUGCAGCAAGCUUUACCAGUAAAAGUAAUGCCGAUCAACACAUGAAAGCAGUUCACCGUUUGAAGAAGAUAUAAGUCACGCACUCCAUGGAUUUAUUAGAAAGUACUACUUUCAAAGUAGUAACAAUAGUAUACUUUUUCUGA